UCACGGACCCUCCCCAUGUCGCCCUGUGCGUGCACACGGUCACCCCACACACGCCCCCUGUUUGACCUUUCCCCAGCAACAUGAGCAGCCCGGAGCCCCCCACAGAGCCCCCCGAGCCCGACGACCCCACCUGGUCGACUCAGCCCACGUAUAGCAACCUUGGUGAGAUCCGUGCCCACCUGCUGCCCUCCAAGGCCUGCCGCCUCCGGACCCCUGGGUCCCUCUCCACCAACCCACAGCCCCUGCCCCCACCCCUGCCCAAGAAGAUCCUAACCCGGACCCAGUCACUGCCUACCCACAGGACCUUCCAUGCCAGCUCCAUCCAAGUACAGCCGCCUCGGAGACCCUUUCUGGGGUCCCACAGUGUGGACAAGAGCCAGGCUGCAGUGGGACCAGCCUGUCUCCCUGCAGAGCUGACCUUUGGCCUGGCUGACGCCCCACUGGGCCUCUCCCUCCGCGAUCUGCACAGCCCGGAGGCUGUGCACACUGCACUGGCUGCGCGGCAGCUGCAGGGCCUCCGUACCAUCUAUGCCCGGCUCCGUGCCCGGCUCAUGGGGGGCCACCCCGGGCCUUGCCGCCCCGGCCACAGCUUCCGCCUCCUAGACAGCUCACCCUGCGCAGAGAGCGGGGACGCCCUGUACUACCGCGUGGUGCGCGCGCACGAGGACGCCUGGCACAUCCUGGUCGCCAAGGUGCCCAAGCCCGGGGCGGACGUGCCCCACCCGUGGGGCCUGGAGUUGCAGGCCUCCCUGUCUCCACACUUCAAUCUGCAGGGGCUGUGUGGCCUGGUGCCUGAAGGCACACUGCCCGGGGCGCCCUGGCGAGGCGCAGUGGCGCUGGCAGCCGAGGUUCCAGAGCGCACGGUGGCGCAGUGGCUGUCGGAGGCCUGCACGCAGCCGCCGGAGGAGUUCGUGUGGGCUGUGGCCCUGCUGCUGCUGCAGCUGAGCGCGGCCCUGAAGUUCCUGGAGGCGUGGGGCGCGGCCCUAGUCGAGUUGCGGCCGGAGAACUUGCUGCUGGUGGCACCUCGGGGCUGUGCGACGACGGGGCCCCCACGCCUGCUCCUCACUGACUUUGGCCGCGUCUGUCUGCAGCCCCCUGGACCCCCGGGCUCCCCGGGCCCCCACGCGCCGCAGCUGGGCAGCCUCCUCCGAGCGCUGCUCAGCCUUGCUGCGCCCUCGACCACGCCUUUGGCCGCGGGCCUGGAGCUCCUGGCAGCACAGCUGACCCGCUUGCGGCCCUCGGCGUCCCGGACGCGGGGCGCGCUGCAGGCGCUGCUCUGGGGGCCCGGGCCUGAGCUGCGCGGCCGCGGAGCACCGCUUGGUCCCUGGCUCCGAGCGCUCGGGCCCUGGCUGAGGGUGCGCCGCGGGCUGCUGGUCCUGCGCCUAGCAGAGCGGGCCGCAGGUGGGGAAGCUCCCAGCCUCGAGGACUGGCUGUGUUGCGAAUACCUGGCCGAGGCCACCGAGUCCUCGAUGGGCCAGGCCCUGACGCUGCUGUGGGACUGACCCCAACCCAAGGCGAACACACCUGGUCCAAGCCUGCCCAGGAGGCAGGGCUGGGGCUGAGGUCAGCGUCUCCAUGA